UAAAUUGAAAUAAAUCUUCUCAGUAGGGUUUUCCCUCAAGAAAAGGACGCCAUUGAGCAGCGAUAUCGACUCUCCUAGGGUUUUUCUCGACCUAGCUAAAUUGCAUCCAUGGAUCUCACCAAGAAGCGCAAGGCCGACGAGAACGGCAGAGCAUACCCCCUAACCACGGAACUCGCUAACACCAUGGCCGCGGUGCUGCCGGUUUCGAACGGUGCCUUAUCCCCUGAAGACGCUGAGAAAAUCAUCGAACCCUUCACGAAGGAGCAGCUCCUCCACAUCCUACGCGCCGCUAUCCUCCGUCACCCUGAUGUCCUGGAGGCGGUGCGCGCCGUCGCCGACGCGGAUCCCGUCCAGCGCAAGCUCUUCGUUCGCGGCCUUGGCUGGGAGACCACCACUGAGAAACUCCGCCAGGUGUUCUCCGCCUACGGCGAGCUCGACGAAGCCAACUCCAUCGUCAUCACAGAUAAGAACACCGGAAAAUCCAAGGGCUACGGCUUCGUGACGUUCAAGCACAUCGAUGCCGCGGUCUUAGCUCUGAAGGAGCCAAAUAAGAAGAUCGACGGCCGCAUCACGGUAACUCAUCUCGCGGCUGCUGGCAGUUCAGGUAACUCCCACUCUGCUGAAGUGGCGCUGAGGAAGAUUUAUGUUGGCAACAUUCCGUUUGAGAUCUCGUCUGAGAGGCUGUUGGCACAUUUCUCGAUGUACGGCGAGAUUGAGGAAGGGCCUCUAGGGUUUGACAAGCAGACUGGGAAGGCCAAGGGUUUUGCAUUUUUCGUUUACAAGACGGAGGAGGGUGCAAAGGCAUCACUUGUUGAUCCCAUGAAAACCAUUGACGGUCAUCAGGUGGUCUGUAAGUUGGCUACAGACAACAAGAAGCAGAAGCCUAAUGCGGGGCCAACUGGUGGAGUUGUUCCUGGAUCUGGAUUGCCAAAUCCUGGGCCUAUAGGAAUGCCGCCAAGGAGUUACCCAAUGGGAGGCUAUCCAGGGUAUGGGCAGGCCCCGAAUAUGCCUCAGCCAUCCCACCAGAUGCAUCCGAAUUCAGGCUAUAAUACGCCCAUGGCUGGGCCUGGAGGACCGAGUGGACAGGCUUAUAAUAGUGGAUAUGGAGGUGUUGCAUCUGGCUACGAUGGUGUAGGUGCGCCUGGACCAGGGGAGUAUGGACAAAUCGGGAAUUCUGCCUACAAAAUGCCACCUAGUACUAUUGGAAUGCAGGGCCCAGGGGUUUAUCCAGAUAGCUAUGGGCCUCCGGCAGCCUAUCCGCCCCAGCCAAACCAUCCUGCCGGCCCAGGGCCCAGAUAUCCAGCUUAUCAGGGCAUGCCUCCUUAUUGAUAAAAUGUUGCCGAAAAGAAAGAGGAUAGCUUCUCCCUCAUCGGCGGCAUAACUUCCUUCAUGGAUAUCUGAACUCGAAUUUGGAUUAUGCCCCUGCCUUGUGUUGCCUGGGCCUCAGAUGAUUGAUCUUGGUCCUUGCCUUGAUGCCUGGGCCUUGGAUGCUGGGUUGGUGUUGGAUAAAUCUCGAUGUGAGAUUUGAAUGCAAAUUAAGAGCUUUUAAUUGGGCCUGAAAUGGAUAUAAAUUUUUGACGAAGUAAUUUAUAAGUUGGCAAAAAGGCAAAAUUGUAUGCAACUCGGGGCAUGUGGUCCGUGGUACAUUGAUUAAUGAAAUUGUCCGAGCUUCGUAACCGAAAUGGAGGUUGAGUUUUCCCUUGAAAAGGGGCAAAGAUUUGUCGAGUUAUGUAAACCUAUGGUUCCAAUGUAGGGACCUUCGAUAGAUAUAAGAGCAUUUAUAGACUAUAUUGAAGUGACUGCAUGGAAGGUGGGGUGUCAUUGCGGAAAAUAUUUAUCGAAUGAAAAAUAGGUUGGUUGAUAAAAAGUGUUUUAUAAUAUAUUAUGGUGAUUGUGAUUGUGUUGAAUUAUGACAUGUGCAAGUAUCAUAUUUGAUCAGUUUAUUUGGAUUAAUAUUAUUGGUCUGAUUAAAAAAAUAGUUGUUUAAGAUAUGUUAAGAGAAAUGCAUGGCUCCUUGUGAGAGCUUCUGUAUUCUCCGCUCGNUUCAACCUGAGUUUGGAAUAUUACUAGUUUUUUGUUAAAUGUAUUUCAGUUAUUUUUAUCUGUGAUUGAGUUUUUCA